UUCGUCAGGUCUUCCAGUUCUGACAACGACAACGACGACGACUCCGACACCACCGAUGACUCCGGUUAUGUCUAUCGGUCGACGUCGAGCCGUAAACACACGACACCCGCCCUGAAUAUCGUCCCAAAUCCGGACACUUCAGGCAUAGAUGAAAGUGAUUUCAAGCUUUUAUUGCGAUCGCAGACCGGUUUGUCGUCCGACAAGCCUUUGCCACCGAUUCCUAAAUUGUUUCGCAACAGAGAAAUAGGAGUCACUGAUAGCGGAGACCGAGUGAAUGCUCAUGCCUUUGGUCUCAGAGACCGGUGCCGACUCUCGGACACAAUUCUGCCCAAUAGAAAGCUUACUGUCGAUCAGUACCACAGCAAAGCUUUUUGCGGUUUUCAUUCAAAAAGCGGUGAUCUGUUUCUGACUGCAUGUCAGGACACAAACAUACCUUUUUGCGGUUUUCAUUCAAAAAGCGGUGAUCUGUUUCUGACUGCAUGUCAGGACACAAACAUACGUAUAUACGACACCCGACGCGACAAAUUCAAACUAUUUAAAACAGUGUGGGCUCGGGAUGUGGGCUGGAGUGUACUCGACACUGACUUUAGUCCCAACGGAACGCAUUUCAUAUACUCGAGUUGGUCCGAAUGCAUCCAUAUCUGCAAUAUCUAUGGCGACACCGAAACACACGAGGCUUUAUCGCUCUCUCCAGACGAUCGACGCUUUUGUAUAUUUUCUUUGCGCUUCUCUCAGGACGGCUCCGAGAUAUUGGGCGGCGCUAACGACGAGUGCCUUUACGUCUACAAUAGGGAACGCAAGAGUCGGGUCCUUAAGAUCCAAUGCCAUGAGGACGACGUCAACUCAGUUGCGUUCGCCGACGCCGGCUCUCAAAUUCUGUUUAGUGCCGGAGAUGACGGUCUUUGCAAAGUUUGGGACAGAAGAACACUAAACGAGUCGAGCCCUAAACCGGUGGGUAUCCUUUCGGGACACGUGGACGGCAUUACAUAUAUCGACUCUAAGAAUGAUGGCCGACAUCUUAUUACCAAUAGUAAGGAUCAGACAAUCAAACUCUGGGAUAUGAGAUGUUUUUCGCCACAAACUGGUUCUGAGGCCACACGAAGAGCUGUUUCCAAACAGAAUUGGGACUAUCGAUGGCAGGCUAUCCCCAGAAAAUUAUUGACGAACCGAAAGAAGAUUGAAGGCGACACUUCCCUUAUGACAUAUAUGGGCCAUUCUGUUCUUCAAACUCUUAUUCGGUGUCACUUCUCUCCCGAAUGGAGUACUGGUCAGCGGUAUAUAUAUACGGGCUGUUCGUCUGGAAAGGUAGUCAUAUACGAUGUGCUGACGGGAAAAAUUGUCAAAACUCUGAGCGGACAUAAAGGCUGUGUCAGAGAUGUCUCCUUCCAUCCGUACGAUAUGACACUCAUGUCUUCGAGCUGGGACGGGACUAUAAUCAAGUGGUUUUACGCGGACGAUAACGACAGCGAAACGGACACCGACUCCGAGUUCUGUCUGUCGACUGGUUUGAGGCGAUCCAAGAGAUUGGCUGAAAAGAGGAGAAAAACUCAAGAAUAAUGAGUUGUUUGUUAACUUCUAAAUUCUAUACUUUUUUGGUAAUUGUUUUAGUAAUAAUCAAAUUUUGAAAGCAAUAUUACUUUUGUGUAAAAUAUGUAAAUCAAUGAUUAAAUUGAAAUAAAGAAACUAUUUUAUCGGAUAA